AUGUCGACAGAAGUUCGCCAUACUUUCCAUCCACCACCACCUAAAAACAUGACGUCAUUACAAUCCUCGCCAUAUGUAAGGCAAUCUCUUGCAGAAAAUCGUUUCCAGCAACCGCCAUCAAUGCAGAACGCCCAGGAAUCAUAUGAAUACCAGAAUUAUGGCUUUCAGCCAGAUAUCCAUCAGUCUAUGUCCAGUGGAUACAGGCAUAUGGGCCUGAACGCGCCGGUAUUUACUAAUUAUGAAUAUAUGAGACCCGGAGGAGUGAUACAUCCAUUAUAUGCGUCAGGUGAGAAACCUGGGUUGCAACGUGCACCCCAACAGCUCCCAAAUUCUGAACUGCUCCAUUCAGAAUAUAAUUCGGCAUUUCAAACGCGUUAUGACACCCAACUAUAUUCUAUACCGCACAUAGUUCAAAGUUCAAGUUUAUCUGGACCAGGACCAGCAUCUCAACAAUUUUCAGUGUCCAAGAUGAAAAUACCCCAAAUCCAAAACCAGAGUCAACUGACAGACACCGUCAUUGGUGAAAGCGAUGCAAUCGUUAAAGACCAAACAACAGUAAUCCAGUUAGCAACUGAAAAAAUAGAAGCGAAUGGAGAUAAUGAAUUCAAACCAUCUGAGGCUGUUUCAUCUCAAAAUAUUCCGGAAAUUGCUGUCUCAAAAUGA